AUGAUGUAAUCUCCUGCUGAAUCAUUCUCACAUCCUACCCAGAACAUUUUAUCUUUCUUGAGAAUUUCAUUGUAGGUAUUAAGAGGAAUUUAUCUAGCUCUUGGUCUGUAUUAUUCUGGUAUCUAACUAUGUUAGUUCUUUGUGACAACUGGGUUGUUUUCUUUUAAAUAUUCAAGCAUCAUGUAGAAGGUUAAACUUAAUAUUAAUUACGCAUUUUUUUCUUUUACAUAAUUUUCUUCUAUCUUCAAUGUUUACCAAGGACGAACUAGUCUGUUGCAAACUCCAAAAACGAAAUACAUUUUGUAAAUUCGAGUCUAUCCAAAAUAAAUUAUGGCCAGAAAUCAUCAAUUACAUGACUAUAAUUUUUGA